AUGACCCUCAUGGCCGUGGCAGCGGACUCUGGCCAACCCGAUGCCCAGAUCGCUCCGGGAACCAUGGAGGACCAGGACCCCAACGUCCACCGUCAGACGAGCAUAAAGCAUCGCCAGUUCGGAAUUUAUGCUUCAAGGCGGGCCCAUCCGAAACCCGUCCCAGCUUCUGACGUUCCAGAGCGUCCCGAGUCCGACUCCCCAGCCGCCAACCCUCCACAACAGGCGCAUCCCUUAUCCCCCACUUCACCUCCACGCUGGGACUCGCUGGCAAACAAUUCCAAUAACUUUGCGAGGCAACAACAAAACCUAAUCGAUUCCCGGGUACAGUCGCAGUCGCCUCGACGUCCCGUCUUCCAUUCUGCCCGCCAAUACCCUGCUUCAGACCGUCCUUUUGCCUCGCCCUCUCCUAGUCUCAGCCAUGGUUAUGAAGAAGACGACGAUUUGAGUGCAGACGAAUGGACUAGCAGAGCCCUCGCUCGAUCGAUCAGAUCUCCCGUUCCCUACGACGACGACGACCGUUCCUCGAUCGAUACCAUGCAGGUAGACAACUUCUCCCGCCCGAGAAGGCCAAGCAUUAAGCAGCCGGUACAGGACCUUUACGGUCCUCGGCAAGCGAACCACUCGCCCUCGGACCCACGCUCAGAUGGCAAUUCGCAUCACCAUGCAUGGCCGCGGGCGCGGGGACAGUCUGGCUCUUCCUCCAGAUCUGCCUCGACCUUCUCCUCGAUCCCUGCCGCAGGUAACGAAAACUACGAGCACCGCACACCGUCCCGGCUCCGGAGUGCACCGCCUCCGUCGAGCCUCGCCCGGCCUCCAUUGGCGUACGGCCGAGUCGAUAGCUCAAGCUCUGGCUUGUCUAGCUACGCGCGCGAGGCGCCAUGGAUGAGUGGAGACGAGAUGAGGUCUAGCUACCGUUCUCAAAUGACUGCUUCGAGCGCGCAGGGCACGUACGUGACGGAAAGAAGCAGUGUCCUCACCAAGAAUAGCUCGAUCCCGUCCCUGUACGCUAACGGCGAGGAGCUUAGUGUCGAAGACGUUAUGGGCAUGUACGAGAAGGGUUUCCAAGACUCGAGCCCCGAAGACAACGAUGAUCGUCCCGUCCCGGCGUCUGAAAUUAACAAGCGGAACACGAAGAUGCUCGAGGUCCUAAGCGAACCGCUAACGUUACCCACUAACUCAUCUUUGGCCGUCCCAGUUGCAGAUACUGUUGUUCGUGAUUCCACCGCAAUGUUUAGGGUGUCCGGUUACCCAUCAUCUCUGCCGAAGGAGGUCGGCAUGCUCGAUUACGACGGGAAGGAGGACGAGAUGGACGAGAAGGAGAAGAGAGAUUCGGCGAAAUCUCUCCAGAACGACGACUCACCAUCAUCAUCGCCAAAAAUGAGUAGUCCAGCAACGUCUGUGCAAACGGCUGUCGAGCCCGAGGAAAUCGAAGAACCUGGGGCUCGAGACCGUUACGGGUUCAAGAAGGCCAACCAGUACAUUACCAGAGCGCAAUACGAUGCCUGGGAUAAGGGAUAUUCUCAGUACCUGGACCGAAGACGCAAGAAGUGGACCGCCUUUUUGAAAGAGAACGGACUCAUGACAGAUCGUCCUCAACGAUUCCCUCCUCACAGUGCGAAGGCAAAGCGUUUCGUCCGUAAAGGCAUUCCCCCCGAAUGGCGAGGCGCUGCCUGGUUCUACUAUGCGGGCGGCCCUGCUAUUUUGGCAAAGCACUCGGGCUUGUACGACCAGCUACUGAAGAAAAAGGCCAAGGAUGUCGAUAUCGAGGCCAUUGAGCGGGAUUUACACCGAACAUUCCCGGACAACAUCAGAUUUAAGCCGGCAGCCAUGGCUGGCAAGCCCAAUACAGAGCCCCAAAGAAGAGACAAGGAAACUGAAGUUGGCAACGACAAAGAGACUGCCAACAAUGAGCCUCAAAUUAUCACGGCCCUCAGGAGAGUUCUGCACGCAUUCGCCAUCUACAACCCCCGAAUCGGAUACUGUCAAAGUCUGAACUUCCUCGCUGGUUUGCUGCUCCUAUUUAUGGAGUCGGAAGAACAAUGCUUUUGGCUACUAAAUGUAAUUACCCGACUGUACUUGCCUGGCACACACGAAAUGAGCCUUGAAGGAUCCAAGGUCGAUCUCGGCGUCCUGAUGAAUGCCAUUAGAGAGUCGAUGCCAGCUGUGUGGGCCAAGAUCGGUGACGAUCUGGAAGGUGACCCCAACGCGGUGCGGCCGCCGGCGAAACCGGCCAAGAAGCCAAGAUCAAGGAGAAAAAACCAGCCGAGCAUCUCGUCCAACCGCCUUCCGCCCAUCACACUCUGCAUGACGGCGUGGUUUAUGAGCUGCUUCAUCGGAACACUGCCCAUCGAGAGCACGCUUCGCGUGUGGGAUGUUUUCUUUUACGAGGGAUCCAAGACACUCUUCCGGAUCGCGCUCGCUAUUUUCAAGCUGGGAGAGUCCGAAGUUCGGGCUGUCGCUGAUCCGAUGGAGAUGUUCUCCGUUGUCCAAGCAAUGCCUCGUCGUUUGCUGGACGCCAACGCUCUCAUGGAAGCCACCUUCAAGCGCCGUAAUGGAUUCGGUCAUAUCAGCCAGGAUACUAUUGAUAGUCAACGACAAGAACGUCGUGACAAGGUUCAGACGGAGCGGGAAAGAGCGGCCACAUACGCAGUGGACAGCGGACACGUGACCGAAGCCGAGGGUGAGGUCCGUAGGAAGGGUACCUUGUUCGGACGGAGGAAGCUAGGGAGAUCAGCGGAAGUGAUGUGA